AUGGAGACCAUGAAGGAGAUACCGGUGAACGUGAAUGGCAAAGGCGCUAUGCAGCUAGUGACGGCGCUGCGGUCCAUGAAAGACGGUCAGGUACCUGCAGGAGGUGACGUGGUCUUUACGAGUGGAGAGGACGGCGUCUUGUUCGUGACGGAUCUGGCGACUGAGAGCUCCGUGUAUCAGGUUGAAGUGUGCGAUGGGUUCAUCCCGUCUUUCGUCGUGACGCCCGAGCAGAACCACGUGCUCAUUGCUUCCGAUGAUGACUGCACUGUGGCUUCAUACAGUCUCCCACCUGAUUGCCACUUGGACGAGCUGCUGCGUCGCUCGACAGUCUCGAUCCGCCAAGUCACAUGCUCGCCCCAGUUCAUUGCCAUUGUUGAUGAGGAGCCUGUGGUGCGGGUGCUACUACGUAGCAAUUUAGAGCAAGUGAUCCUUGCUGAGGGGUCUACUGGAGUUAUCAAGAGCGUGGUGCUUGACCCGCAGGAAAAGUAUCUCUGUACCAGCAGCGAGGACGCGACUGUGCGUGUUUUUGCACUGGACGUGCCAAGCCAAUGUGCCACAGUGGCCAAGAUUUUUAAGAUAAAGCAUGGCAAUAUCAGACAUGACGACGUGCUGCUGCGGUGUUCCUGGCAGCCGGGGGAGGCUGGUAAGUUGCUGGCCGUGCCAAUGGACAAAGGUAUUGUCGAGCUCUUUGGAAGAGACACAUGGGAGGCCAAGAUCAAACUGAUGCUACCGAUUGGCAAAAGCACUGCCGCAGAUGUAGAUGUACUGGCCUUCUCGCCAAAUGGACGGUACUUGGCUGCGGCCACGUGUGCGAAGGAGGUGUUUGUUUGGGAGCUGGAAACGCAGACAGUCUUGCGUUCAUUCAAGAUUGACUACCAAGCAUUGGGUGUCCAAUUUGCAAACAAGAGUAAUGCACUAGUGGUCUAUCACAUUGGCGGAAAGCUGGCUUUUGUCAAGGAUGUGGUCCCGCCGGGACAUACUCCACCCCAGCACAUGAUCGAACAGUCAUUCGCUGCAGGUGCGAGCACGUUAGUAGUAAAGGCUCCGAAACAGGGAGAGAGAAAGCAUGAGGCAUCAGACCUUGUGAGUGACGAGACUGAGGUGGAUGGAAAGCGCGAGGCUGACAUUGACGAGGAGAUGAGCUUCGACGAUGACAACGAAGCACGGGUGGAAGCCAUCAAGGCUAGCUUUGGUUUUGGCUCUGCCGCAAAGACCGUGAUCGAUGAACACGUCGAAGACGACAAGAACUCUCUGACGAGUCGACCUAGCAAAGAGUUGUCGGGUCAGAGCGUUUCUCCUUUGCGGACCAUCACAGAACCCUUCCAGCCCGGUAGCGUUAUGGACACUAGCGGACGUGGCAGCAGUGCUACCUCAUUGCUGGCAUGGACCCCAGAAGGCGAGAUUGAGGUGAUCCGAGGAGCCGGUAUGAGUGAACACUUAGUCAAGGUGGACUUUGCGGACAAGUCUCGUCGGGGAUUCAAGUUUAACGACAACUACAUGUUCUCGUUAGCAUUUCUGGAUGAUUAUGGUGCAAUCUUUGCCACCCCGAGACGUGCUCGCGAAGAUUGGGAAGACUUUGAAGCAGAUGCCGACAAAAGUAACAUUGUGAGCAGCUUCAUUUUCUACCGCCCGUUCGAAUCGUGGGCAAGCAACAGCUCGUGGCACAAAGCAUUGCCCGAAGGCGAAGAUGCUGAAUGCGUUGCUGCAGGUCGCGAAUUUUGUGCGGUGGCUACCUCGUUGCAUACCCUACGAAUCUACACAUCAAGUGGCCUCGAGUAUGCGCUAAUGCGACUCGCUGGACGCGUCGUGACAAUGACGGCAAAAGAGUCACUUCUGGCCGUAGUGUACCAAGGACUGCAUGGACAAAUGCUCUACCAGCUCCUUCGUAUAACAGUGGGCUCGUUAUGCGAUCGCGUCAAGCUACUCUCGAAGGGUGAGCUGCCCAUGACGCCGCCACCACGGGAUGUAUUCGCAUCGCAUAAAGAAAACGACGUGAUACGCGAAAGUGUAUCAAACUGGGCUCAGCUUACAUGGCUCGGCUUCGACGAUCGCCAGAUUCUUUACGCAGUGGACUCGUUCUCGUGCAUCCAGGCGUUGUCUCCCUGCUCAGGAUGGAAUUGGUUUCCUAUUGGCUGUGUAGGCAACACACUGCAAAAAAAGCCUGAAGAUCGUCACGGGGUCUUCACACUAGGCGUCGUUAAUGACUCGUUGCUUUAUUUCCCGCUGGAAAAGAGCGCUCGAGCUCCCAAGCUCCGCGGUAGUCAUCGUCCGGUGCCUGGUAUGUUCCCGCUACGCACGGCGUCUUUCCCAAAAACGUCAAAGCAGAACGAUGACGUCUCGAAUGGCCAAGUGUGGCAGAACGUGCGGAUUUGCGGACUGGAGUCGAUCGCGAGCGAGUCGAACGCGGAUAAAAAUGUCGCGGAUCAAGUUGUUCACGAGCAGGCAGAAAUGGACAAGGCGCUCAUCUUGAUGAUGAAGACGGCUUGUACGAAUGACGAGCCUGCACGCGUGCUUGAUUUGGCAAAGUGCUUGCAUCUGGAAAAGUCGCACCAGAUCGCACAGAAGCUCGCUAUUCACUUUUCGUUGCGCCAGCUGCAGUCGCAACUCUAUGAACUGUACCGCGUUAAGUUUGAAGAGCCUCAGCGUCUCAAUCAGGCAUCGAGGAUACCAACUUCUUCUCAGCUUCCUCGGCAGCCCGCCUCGUAUCGCUCCAGCCAAGAGGAAGAGGCACCCGAGCCACGAGAAAUGGAGCCUCUUCGUCGCGCACGUAGCUUACUGUCCCGACCGCUGUCCACGCCUUCUCGUGACGAAUCUCGCGAUAACGAAGCUGGUUUUACUGAAGACGUCCAAGAAUCGAAGCCCUCAGCAUUACCGAAAGCUGCGUCUACGAAGGAGAGUGCGGGUGUGGAACGGUCCAUGGCCCCAGCGAAUCCGUUCUUGAAAAAGCCUGGCGGUUCUUCAGCAUCCCCUUCUGGAGGCAAAGGAGAAAAAAAGACUGGUUUGCAGCGGAUGGCGAAGUUCGCAUCGCCUCCACCUACCAAGAAGCAGUGUCGGUCGACGUGGAAUAAAUGA